AUGGCUGCCAUUUUAGCUGCUCUGGAUACUAUUUGCAAUGCGUCCGACGCAUCACUACAGAAGCAUUGCGACAAGCUUGGUCAACUAUUAGCCAGAGCUGCAUCCCUCCUUGGGAAAUCCGACAAGUUGGGCUACAAACCAGAUAGCGGUCCAACAUGCGCCCCAUCUCAGAACUCUACCCCCAUCCCUCGAGUCCGUUUGCUCGCCGUUCACGACGACCAAGAGGUCCGAAGUCUACCAGUUGUUGGCAGUAUGAACGCCCGAACCGAACCCUAUGUUGGUGAUGUCGCGAUUCGUCAAGUGGAGAGGCAAGAUACUGGUUGCAAAGAGGAGAAAAGGAUUCAGCAUGUCACAGAACUGCUUGAUGCCAUUGAAAAGAAACUUCCUGAAGUUCAAAAAGCCUAUGAGAACGGCGCCUCGAACUUCAGUUACCCAGUAUCUACAGUAGAAGAUUCUCGGGUUCUGGACUUCACCAUUUGUGAUGGUACGAAGGGCAAGAGAUCGAUGAAUAUGCGAAUCCAGCGGACCUUGAGCAUACUAUCAUUGACGAAUGAAUUUGUGGCCUGGGAUUGCCUUACUUUUAAGCAGUCCAAGGUGGCUCGUCAGGUCAAUGUGCUGUCCGAAAAAACUGACUGGACAGAAAACAUCAACAAAUUUUUAAAUAGACGUGGCAUUAUCGACAAGAAGACAGCGAGAAAGAUGAUCAGCGAAGGAAUCAAGUCACUUGUCAUUCAAACACUUUCAGGCAUUCCUGGGAUUGCCGCACUUCUUUUAGCCCGCUCUCGUUGGCAUGAGAUUCCCUACAUGAUGCUUCCUACAUUGAUAGAGGGUCUUCUGGAUCGAAAAAUAUAUGAACAUGCCGAAGUAUAUUCCGAUUGGUGGGAAUCAUGUCAAGAAAACUACAAUAAUGGAUCGCGCCUGCGAAAGCUGGCGAUACAGAAGUGCCAUCCCUCACAAUAUCUUUCUGUCAAUCGAACAAAAAGAAGGAGAAUUGAGCGCAAUGAAGGUAAUCGUGCCGAGGGACAUGGCGAUCAAAAUCAUAUACCGGAGCCGAAUGGGCGCCCUCGAUCAACCCGUUGA